AUGCAAUUCUCCGCUGUUGUCGCCGUUGCCGCUCUCGCUGGUGCCGCCCAGGCCUGGUACCCUGCAGCCAACUCCAGCACCGUCGUUUACGUCACUGAUGUGUACACCUCUUACACCACCUACUGCCCAGAGGCCACCACCUUGACCUACAACAGCGUCACCUACACCAUCUCUGAGGCCACCACCUUGACCGUCACCAACUGCCCUUGCACCGUCAUCAAGCCAGUGACCACCUCAAGCUACACGUACUGCAGCACCUGCCCGGCCACCACUGCCCCGGUCUACCCAGUGUACAACACUACCACUGCCACCCCCACCAAGACCCCAGUUGGCACCACCUCCAACUAUGCCACCAGCACCCCGACCCCAUCGCACAUCACCACCUCAGGCGCCAACUCCCUUGUCGCCAUCUCUGGUGCAAGCCUUGCUGGUCUCUUCGCUCUCGCUGCUUACAUCUUGUAA